GUCAUAAGCUCUUCAUGCAAUUGAUGCGCUUGCCAUAGCCUAUGUUACACCAAUGUUGCUGUCGCGUUCGUUCCCCGGAGGGCAUUGCUCCGCUGUAAGCUCUGGACCGUUCGGCAAAGCACCGUUUAGGUAUUCAAUACCCUUAUCCACAGACUGUUUGGUCAGAGCACCGCGACUUGGCAAAUGCACAUGUCCACAUCCUUCGGCAUCCACAUGUGCGUUUAUUGAUGGCCGCUCACCAGAGGAGAGACGUGCUAGUCUACAAGCUAGAUUGGAAAAAGCUAAACGCGAGGAAUUGUUGAAAGGUCUGAGGAUCGCCGCUAAAAAUGACGAUCCAGCAGAUACGAGCUCGUCGCCUGUUGAAGCUGGCUCUUCCAGCUCGCCGCCUGACUCUCAGCCGCCGGUGUACGUGUUCUGGGACCUUGACAACAAGUAUCCGCUGGUGUUGGACCACAGGCGGCUGGUGGAGCGGCUGAGGACCGAGGCUGCAGCGCUGGGCGGUGGCGGGCGGGUGGCGGAGGUGCGCGCCUACUGCAACUUCCGCACCCUCAACAUCGUACCGGAGCUGUGGCAGCAGGCGGUGCGGGGUGGCAUGCAGCACCCCCUCCGCCACAAGGGCACUGGCGCCUGCCGCUGCCCGCUGUGCGGCCAUCGCGCCUCCUCCCCGCAGCUGCAGCGGCACUUCAAGCAGGUCCACAUGCGGGAGCACAGCAAGAUCCUCAGGUCGGGUCACAAGCCCAGCAUCCGCAAGUACCGCAACAGCAGCAAGUUCAAAAAGGUCCUGCUCGCCCAGCAGGAGGUGCAGUUCCGCAAGCUCCGGGGUUACGACCUGCAGGGGUUGCUGGCGGCGGCUGGGGUGGCGGUGCGGGCGGUGGACAUGGGGCGACAGAGGGCGGACGAGCAGCUGCAGCAGGAGGCGAGGG